GAGGGCAUGCCAGCGGGCCUCACGGAGCCGCCGGGCGCCGCUGCUCCGGUGGUCGCGAGCGCCUCGGGGACCGUAAGCAUGGCCCCCGCCGCCACGCUGCCCGUGCGGGUGGAGAGCACCCCGGGGGCCCUGGGUCCUGUGACUAAGGCUCCUCCUGGCAGUGUCUGCGUGGAGUCCGUGGCGCCCCAGCCCCUGCCAUCCUCAGUGGGGACUCUAGUGACCAAAGUGGUUCCUGUCACGGCUCUUCCUAAACUCGGCAGCCCCCGGCUGCCAGCUCCUCAGAUAGUCACCGUGAAAACUCCUGGCACCACGACAAUCCAGCUGCCUGCUAAUUUGCAGCUGCCUCCAGGGACAGUUUUGAUCAAAAGUAACAAUGGUCAGUUGAUGCUGGUAUCUCCUCAGCAAGCUGUAACAGGAGCCAAGACCACAAGUAACAUAACUCCAAGGCCAGCAGUACCAGCAAAUGCUCAAACAGUCAAGAUCUGUACAGUGCCGAAUUCUAGCUCACAAUUAAUGAAGAAAGUAGCAGUGGCUCCUGUUAAUAAUUUGACACAGAUAGGAACUACUGUGGCAUCCACUGCCUCCAGUGCUUCCUCAGGACAAUCUGUGACUGUACCUCCUGUCAAGCCAGUGAAUACUGUAACUAUCCUGAAGCCGUCAAGUUUGGGAGUGUUAUCUACCCCCUCAAAUGACUCCAGUCUCAAAGCAGAGACCCCAGUAGCUGCUCAGAUUAGUCUUUCUCCGGCAGUGCUAGAAAAUGUGAAAAAAUGUAAAAACUUCCUUUCAAUGCUAAUAAAACUUGCUUGUAGUGGAUCUCAGUCUCCAGAAAUGGGGCAGAAUGUGAAGAAGCUGGUGGAACAACUUUUGGAUGCAGAAAUUGAAGCAGAAGAAUUUACUAGGAAACUAUAUAUUGAACUCAAGUCUGCACCUCAGCCACACCUUGUACCUUUUCUUAAGAAGAGUGUGGUUGCCUUAAGACAACUUCUCCCUAACUCCCAGAGCUUCAUUGAGAACUGUGUUCAGGAACUCUCUGGUGAGGUGGUCGUUCCCUCCUGUACCACGACAGUAGCAACUCCUGUGGUGGUGACGAGUACUGUUUCCCCAGUCCUUGGCUCUGGAGCAGCAGCGCCCAGAACUCUGUCUGUUCAGACUCUGAAUCCGCCUUCUGGUCCAGGAGGAGCCAACACUGGAGCUGUGACAGUGCGUCCUGUGGCCUCAGCUGCUGUAACAGGGGGUGCAGCACCUGCGACUGUGUUGCUGCAGACUUCAAAACCUCUGACAACGUCGGUUCCUAAUCCAGGGACAGCAGUCUCCCUUCAGCCUGAGAAGCCAGUUGUGUCUGGGGCAGCAGUUACACUGGCCCUUCCGGCAGUGACUUUUGGAGAAACUUCGACCACACCUCUUUGUCUUCCAUCUGUGAAGCCUGCUAUUACCUCUGCUGGGACCAAACCUGAGAAAACUGUCAUUGGCCCUCCAGUCCAGAUGAAACUUGCACAGCCAGGCCCCCUCCUUCCACAGUCAGCUGGCAUUCCACAGGCGGUCAAAGUCAAGCAGCUAGUAGUUCAACAGCCUUCAGGAGGCAGUGCAGAUCAAGUGACCACCAUUUCCCAUUCAUCACCACUGACCACUCAGAAAUGUGGACCGAAGAUGCUAGCGAAUACUAUAGUGCCUACUACUUCCAUCAUAAAACAAAUUACUCUGCCUGGAAAUAAGCUUCUCUCGCUUCAAGCUCAUACAUCUUCUAUUCAUAACAAUAAAAUAAAAGAGAAUGGAGCAACACGCUUCAGAGGUGAAGAUGACAUCAAUGAUGUGACUUGCAUGGCAGAGGUCAACCUUGAUGAAGAAAACGCUUGCAUCUUAGCAACACAUUCUAAAUUGGUUGGCACACUCAUUCAGUCAUGCAAAGAAGAACCAUUUCUUUUCACUGGAGCUCUACAAAAGAGAAUUUUAGACAUUGGUAAAAAGCAUGACAUUACGGAACUUAACUCUGAUGCUGUGAACUUGAUCUCCCAUGCAACACAGGAGAGAUUACGAGGCCUUCUAGAGAAACUGACUACAAUUGCUCAGCAUCGAAUGACUGUUUACAAGGGAAGUGAAAAUUACAUCUUGUCUACUGAUACCAGAUCACAACUCAAAUUUCUUGAACAGCUAGAUCAAUUGGAGAAACAGAGGAAGGAUCUAGAAGAAAGAGAGAUGUUGCUAAGAGCAGCCAAGAGCCGUUCCAAUAAAGAAGAUCCAGAACAGCUGAGAUUAAAGCAGAAGGCCAAAGAGAUGCAGCAAUUGGAGCUCGCCCAGAUCCAGUACAGAGAUGCUAAUCUCACAGCUCUUGCAGCUAUUGGACCACGGAAGAAGAGAUCACUAGAGUCAGGAAAUGAGGGCUUCAAAGAUAACCCUUCUGCUUCUGGGACGUCCAGCCUAAUGGCCACCAAACCAUUGCUUCGACCAAGAAUCACGAGAAUCUGCCUCAGGGACUUGAUAUUCUGUAUGGAACAGGAAAGAGAGAUGAAGUAUUCUCGAGCCCUAUACCUUGCCCUUCUGAAGUGAUCACUCCAUCCAUCUAUCCAUCCAUCCUUCCAUCCUUCCGUCCAUCCAUCCAGACGCUCACUGUUUACUGCCAAAGAAGAUGUGGAGAGCGCUGUUGCCCUGUCCUGAGAUCCACUCUGGGAAACAGUCCCCAGUGUGGAAGGCGACUGCUUACACUGACAGGCUUGCUCUUUCUGUUUCCUUUUCUAAACUACAUUUUGUCUGUGUGUCCUGUGGGUUUUUGCAGAUGAGAAUUCAGAUGCUUUCUGAAGGUCAGUACUUUAGAGUAUACUUUAUAUACUUCUAUAUAUACUUUUAUAUAGAAGUAUCACCUACCCACCUGCAUUCAAUUACAGCAGCUAGGGGCUCCCUCUUACCGUCUCCGUUUUCUGUUUGUUUUAUUUUUUCACACCAUAGCAAUAAGGUACCCCUUUCUGAUACAGACUGCAUCUAGAUAUAGGAGAAAGGAAGCAUCAGAAUAUAUCCUAUACUGAACCUAUCUCCUAGUGUUAGAUUUCAUGUCUGCAAUUAGAAGUUAGGUAGCUAACUGUGACAGGUACCUUCUGAAGUCGACAUGUGACAAGCCACAGCAUAGGGUCACUAUUGACUUGAAUUAGCUGAGCUAGAAUUACAAACACAGCUGAUGGGACCAUUUGUGCCUGAGGUUGCUGUCUCUCUGGCUCCCCACACUGCACUGUUUAUACCUAGUGAGGCAUCCUUGUCAGCUAAGUAUCAAAGCUGAAGUUGCUACUGAUAUACCUCACUGAAAAAUGGAAAAUCUACUAGAAGGAAUAUGAGUCCUUGCAUUCAAAUUGACAAAGAAAGAAUGAAAAUGGCAAUAUGAAACAGAUAUGUAUACCAUGUGCCCAAGGAAGGUGGCUGCACUUGGAAUGACAAAGCUGGUUCUUGUUUUGGUGAUGGCAAAAAAAGAAAGAAAAGAAAAGAAAAGAAAAGAAAAGAAAGAAAGAAAGAAAGAAAGAAAGAAAGAAAGAAAGAAAGAAGAAAUCAUAGGUCAACCAAAGAAGAAAACCUGGCAAACAUUUAGUUAUAGUAUUUCAAAAGAUGAUGCCUUUUUUUUUUUUUGUAUUAUCUUAUUUCCCAAGAUGGAGGUCUUUCUUUUGUAAAGAAUCUCCCAGUUAUAUUAUGUUUUAAGCAUCUUGUGCUUUUCAAAAUCUCUAACUGCUGGCAAGAACAUUCUAGGACACCCUUCGAUUGUCUUAAGAGGUGCUUUCAGUGUCUCACCCUUGGGGUUGUGGCUCUGUGAGCAACACAUUAUGUACCACUCUGCACAGAGGAAUCCGAUAUUCAAAACACCUCCCCUCUAUUUUUUAAAUCUACCUAUGUAAAUUAUAGCUGACAAAAAAAUAAUAGUGGAAUUGAAAUCACAUACCAAAAUAAUGCCACACCCUCCCAGAAGAUAAUUAAAGGAAAAUACUAGGGGAAGGAUUCAGGGGAAAUACCUCUAGUAUAUCACUAUACAUUCUGUUCUUCCCACAGUAUCUGUUAUGGCCAUAUUCUACAUUGUUAUAAGAGUUUAAUUGGCCACAGUUUUUGUUUUAGGAAGUUAUGUAAAAUGCCGUAAAUUAUGUAUAUGUUAAAUAACUUAACAAAAAAAUCUAUACCCAAAGUUGUUUUGUAUAUUUAAAUACUUAGCUUUAUUUUUUGUAAAGUACAAUGUGCUCCCACAUUUGUGUAAUCUUAGUGAUCAGAUGUUUAAGAUUAUUUAAAAUACACCAUUAAAACCAUUAUUUUAUGAUUAAAAAACCAACAAAACACAAAACUUUGCUCAAUCACUGACUUUGCAGCAGUUUUCAUUGGUAGCCAAUCCCUGGAGGAUUGUGACCUGCCUGGCAGUGAGUCUCUUAUUUAUUUUGGACUAUGGACAUUUGGUUCUGGAAUCUCACUUAGAUCUAAAUUGCUAUAUCACUUCCUUUGCAGUAGUUACAAAUUUGCCUGCUGUUUGACUCACAAAGAAUGCUAAACAUAGUUAUUAUGAAAGCUUUUCUUGGCUCGUUGAGUUUCUCUUACCAAGAUAAUCUUUUUCAAAAAUUCUAAUAGAAAGCCUUUUUGUGGUAUACACAUGCGUGGUGUAUGUAUGGAUGUCUUCCACUUUCACCCCUCUAUCUUACGUUUGAUAACAAGGUCUCACUGAGUCUGGAGCUCACUGUUUGGUCAGGAGUACCUUCCUGACUCCACCACUGAGCCCUGGGAUUUCAAGAGUUACCAACAUGGCUUUUCACACGGGUGCUGGAACCCACAUGGGACUGUAUGCUCGCACAGCAGGCGCAUACUAACAUGACUUUUCACAUGGGUGCUGGGGACCCACAUUUGGAACCGUCUGUUCACACAGCAGGAGCAUACCAACAUGACUUUUCAUAUGGGUGCUGGAGACCCACACUUGACAUCGUAUGCUCGCAUAGCAGGAGCAUACCAGCAUGGCUUUUCACAUGGGUGCUGGGAACCACACUUGGGCACCGUAUGCUCACACAGCAGAAGUGUACCAGCAUGGCUUUUCACAUGGGUGCUGGGGACCACACUUGACACUGUAUGCUCGCAUAGCAGGAUCUUAACACAAUAUUAAGGAUCGUUGAUUUUUUUUUUUUAAUGUGAAUGCUUUGGAUCCAACUCAGGUUGUCACAUUUGUGCAGCAGCACUCUUACCCACUCAAUUGCUUCCCUAGCCUCAAUAGUCUUUUUUUCAAAAGAAACAUUAAAAAAUAUUUUUAUAUUUUGUGUGUGUUUUCAUGUGGAGGUCUGAGAACAACUUGCAGGAGUUGGUCUUCUUUUUUAUGUGAGACUGGAGAUCACUUCAGGUCAUCAGGCUUGGCAGCAAGUGUCCUUAACCUGCUGAGCCAGUUUACUGACCCAGCAAGCACGUUUAAAACAUAUAAAACUCUUCAAACUUACACAUGACAUAUUUGUUUCAUUAGGAUUUUUUUGAGAGAAAUUUAUUUAGAAUUAAAACUUUAUACUGGUGAUGAUAUGGUUCAAGCAGAAAGCACAGCAAUGUUAAGGCAUAAUUUUUAGGAACGUUAACAGGACCAAGGUACUUGCUGAUUUGAACUUUCUUUGUUGUAGAAUCAGUUAAGUGUGUCUACAAAUUGCCCUCAAAAGUUCCAGUUAAUAUUCUGCAGAGGGGAAAAAUCAUAUUGUGGUCAUAUGUGUGAAUAUAGCCUAGUAGAGAGUUUUGCAUUGUACCAUUCUUGUGAUAUUCUGUCUCAUUUUUCAAUGUCACAUAUAGGCUUCAGGGAAAGCCUGUGAGGGAUUAUCUUGAUGAAGUUUAUUGCCUAAUCUACGGCACACACAGCUUGUCUCACAGGUUCAAGCUGACUCCACUCUACAGCAAGUUCUUGGUGGUCAUCCAAUGGUACUGACAUCUCCAAAAUACUGUACAAAUGGCCUGUAUCUUUGCCAGUAGCCUUUCAUGACCUCUCUUCAAGGACUUUAACUCUGUCACAUAGUGCCAGGCCUCCAUUUCUCUCCAUGAGCCCACUACCUGAGUCUCUACAGCAACUAAGUCUGUAUCUUGGCCAAUGGACUUUCCUUAGGGUUUGUAGCCCUACCACACGGUACCAAGACUCAGUGGCUCUCCAUGAACAUUUCAUGCCUUUAAAACCAGUACCAGUGAGUGACCCUUAGACUAUCAACAUCAACUAACAGCACAUGAUACAUCCCUGGAUGGCUCUGGAACACAGCUCCUUGUGUGCUGAUCCAGAGAAAAGAUUUCCAGAAGAUUUCCCUUCAGUGAUGUCAGUCUCUUCUUAAUCACUGCUUAUUUCUCAACUUCAGUUGACCAGUAUAAACUGUCAGUGGAAAAUAAAGGUUUCACAUAAGUGGCUCUGGUCUCUUGUAAAGCAUAGCCAAUUCUGUGGGCUAGUUCUGUGUGAACUUGACACAAGAUAGAGUCCUUUUUAGUAGAAGGAACCCCAAUCUGAAAAUGCCCUUACCUGUUUUGUCUGGGUAAGCCUGUGGUGCAUUUUAUUGAUAGGUGUUCAAUGGACAAUUCAGCUCUCUGUGGGUGGUGCCACCACUGGGCCGGUAGCCCUGAGUGCUAUAAGAAAACAUGCUGAGCAAAGCAGUACCUACCACUCCUCUGCAGCCUCUGCCUCUGCUCCAGCAGGAGCCUCUAGUUCCUGUCCUAUUGCUCUUCCCUCAGUAGUGUACUGUGUGAUGUGGAACUGUAAACUGAAAUAAACUUUUUCCUCUUCAAGUUA